CUUUGCCAUGUACUCAUUUCAUGCAUCGUUUUGCUAAUUAUUAAUUUGUUGACUUUUUAUUUAUUUCUUUAUUUCUUUUUUGUCCACAUUGAUAUUUGACCAUAGUGAUGGGUUUCCUCUAUUGCAGUCUGACUAUUUCCAGACCAAAGCUCAGGCGAUCCCCAAUCAGGGAGUCUGGGACAUGAGAGGCAAGCAGUUCUAUAGUGGCAUUGAGAUCAGGGUCUGGGCCAUUGCCUGCUUUGCCCCUCAGAGGACUGUUAGGGAAGAUGCUCUAAGAAAUUUUACCCAGCAGCUCCAGAGGAUAUCUAACGACGCAGGCAUGCCCAUUGUGGGGCAGCCUUGCUUCUGCAAGUACGCCACGGGCCCAGAUCAAGUGGAACCAAUGUUCCGCUACUUGAAGAAUACAUAUUCAGGGCUCCAGCUGAUUGUGGUGGUGCUGCCUGGGAAAACACCAGUCUACGCCGAGGUGAAGCGUGUUGGUGACAUCCUGUUUGGGUUGGCAACCCAGUGUGUUCAGGCCAAGAAUGUGAACAAAACUUCCCCCCAGACCCUGUCCAAUCUGUGUCUGAAGAUCAACGUCAAACUGGGAGGCAUCAACAACAUUCUUCUGCCCAGCAUUAGGCCUGGAAUAUUCCGGGAACCUGUGAUAUUCCUGGGAGCAGAUGUGACCCACCCCCCUGCAGGAGACAUGCUGAAACCUUCCAUAGCUGCAGUGGUUGGCAGCAUGGACGCCCACCCUAGCCGCUACUCCGCCACAGUUCGUGUCCAGCAGCAUCGCCAGGAGAUCAUCCAAGACCUGGCCCAGAUGGUGAAGGAGCUGCUGAUCCAGUUCUACAAGUCAACGCGCUUCAAGCCCACCAGGAUUAUCAUGUACAGAGACGGAGUCAGCGAGGGACAGUUCAACCAGGUGCUAGCCCACGAACUGCGUGCUAUCCGCGAAGCGUGCAUCAACCUGGAGGUGGGGUACCAGCCAGGAAUUACCUUCAUCGUCGUCCAGAAGAGACACCACACGCGGCUGUUCUGUGCAGACAAGAGGGACCAGAUCGGCAAAAGUGGGAAUAUCCCUGCAGGAACCACAGUCGAUGUCGGCAUCACUCAUCCCACGGAGUUUGACUUCUAUCUAUGCAGUCAUGCAGGCAUCCAGGGCACCAGCCGGCCCUCCCACUAUCACGUGCUAUGGGAUGACAAUCGUUUCACGGCCGAUGACCUCCAGAUCCUGACUUACCAACUGUGCCACACGUACGUGCGCUGCACGCGCAGCGUGUCCAUCCCAGCUCCGGCCUACUAUGCACAUCUCGUUGCCUUCCGCGCGCGUUACCACCUCGUUGAGAAGGACCACGAUAGCGACCCUGCCACCUCAAGCAGUUACACGUAAGUACUAAUUUUCAUGACACUAAACAACAGCCAAGAAAAAAAGUUUUUGUUUAUGAUUCCAAAUACACUGAGAGGCAUUUGUGUUUAAUGUGUUAAAAAAGGGGAGAGGC